AUGGGGAGGCGGCCCCUGGGGGCGGGCCAGGGCGGGGCGGGGCGGUUUAUAUGGUCGCGCGCGCGGGCCGCUGGCUGCAGACAAUACGCCUCUCGGUUCCAGCGCUCCGGGCGUCGCCACCACCGCCACCACCGCUACCGCCACCGCCACCACCUACGCGAGGCGAUGUCUCGGGACCCCGGCUCCGAAACACCCCGUCGCUGGCGGGAGCUCCAGUUCCCCGUUGGCAGCCGUGCCAGCCGCGGCCCCUGCGGGCCUCAGUCUCCGCAUCUGUGCAAUGGGGCGGCCCCUUUUCGCCGCGCCCGGGGCACCAGACGUCCCAUCGCCCUCCUCCUUCCUCCUGCGCAGCCUCCGGGGCGGCGGUCCCACGUCCUCCCCGGCCGUGCGGACCCCGCCAGCCCAGGGCCGCGACGGCACAGCCGCGCGGGCACCAAAAAAGGAAGAUGGCGUCGGCACGGGUCCCCGCCGGCCCCGGGGCGCCCCGGCGCCGCGCACCUGCGAAGGGCGGGAGACGGCCUGGCUGCGGGACGCGGGGAAGUCCGGAACAGGAACUGCGCGCGCGGCGGGCGCGGCCGCGCUCCGUCUGCCCGCGCCCCGAGCAGAGAAGAAAUGUCUCAAGCAAGACCUGUCUCUAGGAACCUCUUUUUUUUGUACACCUUCCUGCAAAAUCAUGGCCCUGGCUCCCUGCACGAGCAAGUUGUGGGGGUUCCCGGCGUGACGGUGACUGAUGUCUUGGAGUUCGAUCCUGAGAUCUCCCCUGACCGUGACAGCCUCCACGAGUUGGCCGCGCAGCUAGCCUCCACUGCCGAUGACAUGGAGCUGAGGUUCGUGCUAUGCCAGUUUGCUGAGCUGCCUUGGAUGGUCAUAUACAGCUUGUUUUUCACCUACAACCAGACAGGCCUGAGAGAUGUUUAUAGAAGUUUUAUGUAUGCUGUCACUAACCUUAGGGAGAACAGAAGGUUCCGGAACUUUCUGGCCGGCAGGGGCAGGGUAUUCCCCGGCCCGUGGCGCGAGAUGGUGCUGUCCCUGCUGCUGGGGGUGCUGCUCAGCUGUGGGUGCCGCCUCGCCCACUGACAGCUGCCCGUUGGUGUGGGGGCAGGGCUGGCCCCUCCCCCUCGACUACCACCCUGGAGGUGGCCUUGUUGGUUUUGUUGUCUUUUUAACAUUUCCUGAUGACUUUUUUUUUAAUUUAAACUCUUGAGUGCUGGGACACGACUGAGGAUCAUACUAGCUUUUUGUACGAGAGAUGAAUUCAUUAUACCUCUGGGGCUGUUACUGGUUAACGCGCCCUCUCUCCUGGCCCCAGUCUGCCUGUCCUGAGAAGGAGCCUUCCUCUCGUGGGUGGGUCAAGGAGCAGGCGGCAGGGGGAGCGCUGGUCACACCCCUGUGUCUGUGAUGCCCGUGACAAAAAAAAUCUACUGGAAUAGAUUUCUGUGGGGUGAGGAGAGCUCAAUAAAAUGUUGGUUUCCAGCCA